AUGGAUCGGAAUUUCGGGAGUUAUAAUGGGACGGCAGCUGGAAUCAAAUAUGAUAACCAAGCUGUUUCAGUUUUUCCAGAUCCAAAUCUGAUUAACAAUUUGAGAGUUAGCAGUAGUUUCUCAGAUGGUAAUUACGCUGAUGUUACCCCGUUUUCUAGUCAUCUGAAUUCUAGUACUUUAGUCCAAUCAUCUGAUGCCGAUAACCUUGAGGAUUAUGAUUUUAAUGAUGUGGUGCUUAAGUACAUAAACCAUAUCCUUAUGGAAGAGGAUGUGGAAGAGAAAGCUUGCAUGUUUCAAGAGUCAGCAGCUCUUCAAGCUGCGGAGAAAUCAUUCUAUGAGGUUCUUGGGGGGCAUUAUCCUGCAUCUACAAAUUAUUAUCUGCGAGUGCCAAAUUUGGAUCGGAGUGAUGAAAAUUCGGAUGAAAACUUUUCAGGAGAUUAUAUAAAUUAUUAUGCUACUGAUAAUGCUGAUUUAUGCCCGGACUGGAAUACUGAUCCUUAUUGCACUGGAUUAGAUGAACAGCACGUUUCUGUUGGCGUUGCUUCACAAUUGACUUCUCAGUCAUCUUGUAGCCCAUCAAGUAGCACCAGUACCUUCACUGAUGGUCCGGCGGAUUCUCCUGUUAGUACACUUAAAAUUCCAAAUAUAUUUAAUGAUAGCCAGUCGGUUAUGCAAUUUAAGAAAGGGGUUGAGGAAGCUUCUAAGUUUCUUCCUAAUGGCAAUAGUUUGGUAGUUGAUUUGAGGCACAAUGACUUAUUGGGGAAAGAGCAGAAAAAAGGGACAAAUAGUAUGUCAGUUAAGGUGGAAAAGAAAUAUGACAAUGAGGACUCUGCUGAUGUUUCAAGGGGUAAGAAGAAUCCAUAUCAAGAGACUACGAGCAUGCACGAGGAGAGGAGUCACAAGCAGACAGCUGUUUAUACGGAAUCGACGGCAAGUCCGGAGAUGUUUGAUAUGGUGCUUCUAUGCAGUGGAGGAAGAAAUGAAUCUGCACUUCGGAAAGCAUUGCAGAAUGAAGCAACCAAAAAUGCUCCGCAAAAUAGUCAACCUAAGGGGUCUAAUGGUGGAAAAAGUCGUGGCAAGAAACCGGGAGGCAGAAGGAAUGAGGUUGAUUUGAGAACCCUUUUGACCCUUUGUGCACAAGCUGUUGCGACUGAUGACCGAAGGUCUGCUAAUGAGUUUCUGAAGCAGAUCAGACAACAUUCGACUCCUAUGGGAGACGGGAUGCAAAGGCUUGCCCACUGGUUUGCUGAUGGUCUUGAGGCACGUAUGGCUGGAUCCGGAACUCAGAUCUACAAAGCCCUUAUUAAUAUGCCUACAUCGGCUGCUGACAUCUUGAAAGCCUACCAUAUAUAUCUUGCUACAUGUCCAUUUAGGAAGAUCUCUAACUUCUUUGCAAACAAAACCAUUAUGAAUGCGGCUAAAAAUGCUACAAGGCUUCACAUUAUUGAUUUUGGUAUUCUAUAUGGUUUUCAGUGGCCUUGCUUUCUACAACGUCUCUCGUCUAGGACUGGUGGUCCCCCCAAGCUUCGUAUUACUGGGAUUGAUCUUCCAUGUCCAGGGUUUCGACCAUCAGAAAGGGUUGAAGAGACAGGAAGACGCUUGGCUAGUUAUGCUGAGACUUUUAACGUUCCAUUUGAGUUCAAUGCUAUAGCUCAGAAGUGGGAAACUAUUAAGAUUGAGGAUCUUAAGGUCAACAAAGAUGAGGUAGUUGUGGUGAAUUGCCUUUAUAGGUUUAGGAAUCUGCUUGAUGAAACUGUAGUAGUAAACAGUCCAAGAAAUAUUGUUCUGAACCUUAUCAGGAAAAUUAGUCCAGAUGUUUUUGUACUGGGGAUAGUAAAUGGUGCUUAUAAUGCUCCCUUCUUUAUUACAAGAUUCCGUGAGGCUCUAUUCCAUUAUUCAUCCUUUUUUGACAUGCUUGAGGCUAAUAUUCCUCGUGAAAUUCAUGAGAGGAUGCUGCUUGAGAAAACCAUAUUUGGACAGGAAGCCAUGAAUGUCAUUGCAUGUGAAGCUGCCGAAAGGAUUGAGAGACCAGAGACAUACAAGCAGUGGCAGGUUCGAAAUAUUAGGGCCAGAUUCGAACAGCUUCCCCUGAAUGAGGAGAUAAUGAGGAUGGCAAAAAACCGGGUUACAUCAUCCUACCACAAGGAUUUUGUGAUUGAUGAAGAUGGCCGCUGGAUGUUGCAAGGGUACAACUUACAGGAAGGCAAGAUAAGUGGUUGCUGCACAUGCUGCCGAUAUCAAUGUGUCUUUACUGUAUGUAGCUGCCAAGGUUUAUGGAUAAUCUCUAUUGCACUCGGGCCUGCAAAUAUGGAAAGGAAACAUUUCUUAGCUCUGUAUGUCAACGCUCUAGUUGGUACUUGUUUUCAGUCAAUCAUAACUCUCUAG